AUGCGUGCCGCGGCAAGGGAAGGCAUUCCCGGGGCUUCCGAGGAGCUCUGCGCCCUUUCCUGGGGGUCGCCUUGCGUCCAUUUUGCUCCCCAGGGAGAAGGAUCGGAUCUUGUGGUUGUCAUCCCGAGCCCGGCGGGGGCCGCUUCCGGCCGCCCCGACUGGGAAAUUCCCGCCGUUGCCAUGGCGCCCGGCACUUGUUGCGGGGGGCGAGGGGGGCUCCCAGGUCUUAGGCCGGAGCGAGCCUUCGUCCCUCCCGAGAGGCCGCGAGAGGGGACCUCGAGGCUCCCCGGCCCCUUGCCACAGUUAAAGACAUCUACUCAAGGAGGCGAGGUUAUAACUGGACUUUCUGUUUCAGAUUUCAGGUACUCCGACUCCACCUUUACUUUCACCUACGUUGGCGGCCCCAAAAGUGUGUCCUACUCAGUACAUGUAUCUGAAGAUUACCCAGAUAAUACAUAUGUGUCAAGUUCAGAAAACGAUGAAGAUGUAUUAGUUACUACAGAACCAAUUCCAGUAAUUUUUCAUCGAAUAGCAACAGAAUUAAGAAAAACCAAUGAUAUUAACUGUUGCUUAUCCAUAAAAUCAAAAUUACAGAAGGAAAAUGGGGAGGAGUCAAGACAAAAUAGCACAGUGGAAGAAGAUUCUGAAGGUGAUAAUGAUUCUGAAGAAUUUUAUUAUGGAGGACAGGUGAACUAUGAUGGGGAACUGCACAAGCAUCCGCAGCUGGAAGCUGACUUGUCGGCAGUGAGAGAGAUGUAUGGGCCACAUGCAGUUUCUCUCAGGGAAUAUGGAGCCAUUGAUGAUGUAGACAUUGAUCUGCAUAUUGAUGUUAGCUUUCUUGAUGAGGAGAUUGCUGUGGCUUGGGAAGUAAUUCGGACAGAACCUAUAAUUGUAAGACUACACUGUUCACUUACCCAGUAUUUAAAUGGCCCAGUGCCCACUGUCGAUGUCUUUCAGAUUUCUACAAAAGAGCGAUUUGGAUUGGGACAUCAGCUGAAAAAAAUCAUGCAGACAUUUGUUACACAGCAGUGGAAACAAAGCAAAGACAAAUCCAAUUGCCUGCACAAUAAGAAGCUGUCAGAAAAGAAGGUCAAGUCUCCCCUGCAUUUGUUUUCUACCUUGCGCAGGUCGCCAAGUUAUCCGCCCCCUGGUUGUGGUAAAAGCAAAUCCAAGCUGAAAUCUGAGCAAGAUGGAAUCUCCAAAACUCACAAGCUCUUACGGAGGACUUGUUCCAGCACAGUCAAGACGGAGGACUUGUGCGCAGCAAAGUCGCACAGGACCUUCGGGCGCUCCCUGUCCAGCGACCCCAGGGCAGAGCAGGCAAUGACAACCAUCAAAUCGCACAAACUCUUGAACCGCCCCUGCCCUGCAGCUGUUAAGCCGGAGGACUGCCUCACUCUAAAGUCGCAUAAACUAUUGACUAGAUCUUGUUCUGGCGAUCCGAGAUGUGAGCACAAUACCACCUUGAAGCCCCACAAACUGCUAAGCAGGUCUUGUUCCAGUAAUCUCCGAAUGGAGGGACUGUACGGACUGAAAAACCACAAACUGCUCAGCAAGUCUUACUCCAGUGCCCCCAAGUCAAACAAACCCGAGCUUUUCAAGGACCCUAACGCAGAGGGCAGGAGGCUCUCUCUUACCUCAGGGCUUAUUGGUAUCUUAACACCAUCUUCAUCUUCAUCAUCCCAGCCUGCUCCAAAUGGUGCAAAAUGCAUUCCAAUACGAGACCGCGGCUUCCUAGUGCAGACCAUUGAGUUUGCUGAACAGCGGAUCCCUGUAUUGAAUGAAUACUGUGUGGUGUGUGAUGAGCCCCACGUGUUUCAAAAUGGACCCAUGCUUCGGCCUACUGUGUGCGAACGAGAGCUGUGCGUAUUUGCUUUCCAAACUCUGGGAGUAAUGAAUGAAGCUGCCGAUGAAAUAGCAACUGGGGCUCAGGUGGUGGAUCUUCUAGUAUCCAUGUGUCGAUCUGCGUUGGAAUCUCCUAGGAAAGUUGUCAUUUUCGAGCCAUAUCCUUCUGUAGUAGAUCCUAAUGAUCCUCAGAUGCUGGCCUUCAACCCCAGGAAAAAGAACUACGACCGAGUAAUGAAAGCAUUGGAUAGCAUAACGUCUAUUAGGGAGAUGACGCAAGCACCAUAUCUAGAAAUCAAGAAGCAGAUGGAUAAACAGGAUCCCCUUGCUCAUCCCCUGCUGCAAUGGGUUAUUUCGAGUAACAGGUCACAUAUUGUGAAGCUCCCAGUUAACAGGCAAUUGAAAUUUAUGCAUACUCCGCAUCAAUUCCUCCUCCUCAGCAGUCCACCAGCCAAAGAAUCCAAUUUUCGAGCUGCUAAAAAACUCUUUGGAAGCACCUUUGCAUUUCAUGGCUCGCACAUUGAAAACUGGCACUCCAUCCUGAGGAACGGUUUGGUGGUUGCUUCAAAUACAAGACUGCAGCUCCAUGGUGCAAUGUAUGGAAGUGGAAUCUACCUUAGCCCAAUGUCAAGCAUAUCAUUUGGUUACUCAGGGAUGAACAAGAAGCAGAAGGUGCCAGCCAAGGAUGAGCCUGCCUCAAGCAGUAAAAGCAGCAAUGCAUCACAGUCACAGAAAAAAGGACAGCAGUCCCAGUUCCUGCAGAGCCGUAACUUAAAAUGCAUAGCUUUAUGUGAAGUGAUCACCUCACCUGAUCUGCACAAACAUGGAGAGAUAUGGGUUGUUCCAAAUACCGAUCACGUCUGUACACGAUUCUUCUUUGUCUAUGAAGAUGGUCAAGUGGGAGAUGCAAAUAUUAACACGCAAGAAGGAGGCAUUCACAAAGAGAUCCUUCGAGUAAUUGGUAAUCAAACUGCUACUGGUUAAAGGACCACCAUUUCAUUAACAUGAUUUGGAAGCCUUCCUCGGGUUCAAAGCUGGAUUUUGAACUGAAGAAGAUGAUAAAAUAAUUUAUUGUUGUUAUUAUAAACAAAAUUAAUCCUUUGAAUACUGGUUUUUUUCUUAGUAUUUCUAAGUAUCUCAUUAAAUACCUAAAAUGGUAUAAAAUUUACCAAUUGUAGGGUUAUGAAAUCUAGUAAUAAAAGUAAAACAGCACUUAAACUGACGUUUGGGUUGCUCACAAUAAACAGAUUUAAAAAACAGUUUUGUGCUGAUAUUUUUAUAUUAAACUCUUUAAUUGGACAUUUGGUAUCAUAUACCGACAUUUUAGGUUACCAAAAUAGAAUUGAGGACAUUUUAUAAUGGCAUCUAAAUCUAUAAGAUACUUUGCAAUAAGUAUAUGGUUGCACAUUCUGAUGUGCUAUAUUAUUAGUGGCAUGAAUCUUCAAAUGUUUUAGGAGGGAUGUUCCCUAUUCUGGUACUUUUUCUUAUACGAAAGCAGCUACUUCUUAGAAACAGUGCUUUGCCCAAAAUUAUGUCAUAUACAUACCUAUAGAUUCAUGCAUCUUGCGUGUUUGUGCAUAUCUGUAUGUAUGCAUACACAUAAAAAACAUUUUGACAACAGGGAUGGUACAGGUUGACCCCAGUUCCUCAUUUUGAGUAGAUAAUAAAUAAUAAGCUGUGGAUCUGGACAUAAGUCAAGCUGUGAGCCAAGUUCACCACUGUUCAUUCAUUGAAAGUAUUUGCAAAGAGUUUUUUCUAUUUUGGAGAAAUGUCCCAUUAGCUAAAAUUUGGCUCUUUUUAAAGGUUAUCUGAGAAAUUAUAACUUGGGGGCCUGGGUUCCCCCUCAUAAACUAGAUCAGUAUUCAGUUGAUCAUAUGUUUAAAAGGAAGGCCUUAGAAUUUAAACCAACAGUGUAUUUACUUUUAGGAGCCCUCGUGGCAUAGUGGUUAUGCAUUGGGCUGUUAACCACAAA